UCCACGUUUUUCGCAUUUCUGUUCAUCCCCUGCUGCCGGUCACCUGUCGGAAUGUUCCGAGUGUUUCAUCUGAGCCCUGAUGGUUUGACGGCUGCCUAGACGGCGUAUGCGCACGCACUGCGGAUCAUCAGGAGGAAGUGAGUGUUCUGUAUGGAGUAGUUACAAAGUGUCCCUAUCAUGCCAUCCCAAAUCCCCUCACCCCCCGCCUACCACGACCUCCCCAACCGGACCUCCACCGACUCGUUCGUCUCUGUAUCGGACUGGGAAGAAGAAGCUGGUCUCGUCCUCCCCAGCAACCGACCCUGGCAGCCCUUCUGGCGCACCCUGACCCGAUACACCCGAUACACCACCAAUUCCCCCCGCCGACGACGUCGCUUUUCCUCUCCGCGCUGGUCCGCCCUCCGCCAGCUCCUCCGUCUCGCGCUGAUUUGCCUCACCACUGUGAUCAUUAUCACUGCCAUCUUCUUCCCCUCCUACACCCACCUCCCCCCUCACUACCAAACCCUCGCCCACCUCGCCACCCACUCCGCCCAGCCCGGCCGCGCCAACCCCCGCCAGGAACGCGUCUUCAUCGCCGCCAUCCUCUAUGACCCCGCCGGCACCCUCGCCCGCGGCCGCUGGGGGGAGGCCCUCCUGCAGCUCAUCGACCUCCUCGGGCCCGACCACGUCUACCUGAGCAUCUACGAGUCCUCCAGCGGCUCUACCGGCGCCGCUGCCCUGGAUACCCUCGCGCAGCGCCUCCCCUGCAACCACACCCUCCGCGCCGACCCACCCCCGGACCUCACCACCUUCCCCACCAUCCCCAUCCCCGGCGGGGGCCAGCGCAUCAAGCGCACCACCUACUUGUCGGAACUGCGCAACCGCGCCCUCGCACCCCUCGACACCCCCGAUGCACCGCCCUACGACCGGAUUUUCUACCUCAACGAUGUCAUCUUCUCCCCGCACGAGGCCAUCCACCUCCUCUUCUCCACCCACACCGACCCCACGGGCCUCGCCCGCUACCGUGCCGCCUGCGCCGUGGACUUCAUCAACCCGUUCAAAUUCUACGAUACCUACGCCACGCGCGACCUGCAGGGUUACGGGAUCGGACUGCAGUUCUACCCGUGGUUCACCACCGCGGGGGACGGGGUGAGUCGGCAGGAUGUGGUGGCUCAGACGGAUGCCGUCCGGGUCCGGAGUUGCUGGGGCGGGAUGGUGGCCUUUAAUGCGAGUUUCUUCCAACGCGCGGACAAUCCGGUCCGAUUUCGCGCGGAUGGGGAUUUGUUUUUCGAUGGGUCGGAGUGCUGUAUUGUGCAUGCGGAUUUGGUCGAUUCGGCCGUGGGGCUGGAUGGGGCACCGGAGGGGGAUGGGGUGGGGGUGUAUAUGAAUCCGUAUGUCCGGACGGCGUAUACGGAGCGGACGUUUCGGUGGUUGGGGGUGACGCGGCGUGUGGAGCGAUUGUAUGCCCUGCUGCAUGGGGGGUUGAGUUGGCUGGCGGGGUUGCCGCGCUUCAAUCCCCGCCGGACGCAGGUGAAGGGGGACCGGGUGCGCGAGACCCUCUGGGUGGCGGAUGCGCAUCAUCCGAAUGGAGGCCAGUGGCAGGAGGUCGAGCGUCUCGCGGACAAUGAUGGCUUCUGCGCCGAUGGCUUUGGGGAGCGGCGCGGGAUGCAGGUUAUUCGCGAGAAGAGGGGGCCGGGGGAGGAAGGCUGGGAGGAGAUUCCUGUUCCUGUAGCGUGACCUAUAGUGACUGGACCUCUACUUUCGCAGGCAGUAGUACUGUAGGAAUUGAAACAUUGGGGAA